CUGCUUCACUGCUGCAUUCCUAUGUGGGCAGGGACACAGGGGCCCCAUGAUCUCCUAUUGUAUAAUCAGGGGCGGACUGACAACUCAUGGGGCCCCCGGGCAAUAGGGGAUCAUGGGGCCCCUGUGUCCUUGCCCAAACCCAAAAAAGCCUAUGGAAAAGGUACCAGGGGCAUCUCAUGGGGCCCCUUACUGACUCCGGGCCCUCGGGCGGUGCCCGAGUUUCCAAAUGGUCAGUCCGCCCCU